GAUAAUUGAGCCAUCCUUCUCUCCACAUAUCCGUCAAUGGGUAGCUAUUACGAACGUUACUAGUUGCUCUCGCAAGUAGACGCCAAGGCUUCAGUUGCAAUACGCGGUUCAAUGCUUUCCAUGCUGGAGAUAUUUUAGAUGUGAAACGUAGGGACAGACGCGUCAUUGCUGUAUGUUCUUUCUGCUUCGGUGCUUCAUUUAGUUAGCUGUCGCCAGAAAAGCGCUGAAAAUUCUCAGUACAACCUUCCAGAAAAAGAAGUCGAAAAGGUUUGACAGCAAGCAACGUCAUCAUGGCACGAAAGUUUGACAUUAUUGUUUUUGGUGCGACAGGAGUUACCGGUCGGUACGCAGUGGAGCAAAUGUACAAAGCGUCGAAAGAAGAAGGUCUCUCGUUUGCGGUUGCCGGGCGCAAUGAAAGCAAACUCAUUGCAGCACUAGAGGAGGUAGCUGGCUGGAUGAAAAUCGAUGCCGGGGUGUUCUCGCGCGAAACUCCGAAGAUUAUCGCUGAUGUCUCGGAUUCGGAAUCGCUGCACGAAAUGGCAAAAUCGGCUCGGGUAAUAGUCAAUACUGUGGGACCAUAUCGUUUUUACGGGGAGCCUGUAGUGAGCGCCUGCGUGAACGAGGGAACAAAUCAUGUUGACGUGAGCGGCGAACCCUGGUUCAUCGAAUCGAUGCAGCUCAAAUAUCACAAAGCAGCACAAGCUAAGAAAAUCUAUCUAGUGUCAGCCUGCGGUUUUGAUUCUAUUCCGGCCGAAUUUGCGGUUAACUUUGCCAAAGAAAAUUUUCGGGGAAGGCUCAAUUCGGUAGAAACCUUUGUAAGCUUCAAAAAUCCUAAGGGUGGUCACGUAAACGUUGGUACAUGGAACAGCAUAAUUCAUGGAGUGGCUAACUGGGGCACUUUAGCUCCACUACGAAAGGAGGUUUCCGAGGAACUGUUUACGAAAAAAACCGAAAAACCUAAAUUCAAGCUGCCGAUUAGGCGUUUGGCAUCAACCACCGAUGUGUGUUCUGGUUACAUUUUUCCAUUCUACGGUAGCGACAAAUCCGUUAUUAUGAAAUCCGAGAUGUUCCGUAGAGAAAACAGCGUGGAAGACUACAAGCCUGUGCAGAUCCAAACUUACCUCAGACUGCCGAACUUCGUAGCCGUCAUCGGGCUGACAAUUAUCGGACUAUUUCUCAUGACUUUCGCGAAGUUCGCUUCGGGACGGAAGCUUCUUUCCAAGUACCCGGCAAUCUUUUCGUUUGGACUUUUCCGUGACGAAAUGCCCAAGAGGGAACAGCUUGAGGAAAAAUCGAUGAAUAUUGUCGCGCUUGGCAAAGGUUGGCACACAGAUGACGAUGAAACCUUGCCGCCAACGAAAGAAAUUGUUGUCGAGGUGGAUAGCAUGGAUCCAGGCUAUAUAGCCACUUCGAUCAUGCUUGUUCAAAGCGCGGUUUGCAUUUUGAAAGACAAUAUAUCCAUGCCGUUAGGUGGUGGCUGUAUUUCUCCCGGCUAUGCAUUUGAGAAAACAACGCUCCGAAACCGUUUGGAUCAGCGUGGCAUCAAGUUUAGUGUCAAACGACAAUCAUGAAUCAAGCCCAACAGAUCAACCAAGGUAAUACUCUACGUAGACAAAAGCCCCCGGCGGGGCUAGAGCAGAAGUAUUUGCGUAAACAACAGUAUUUGCGUAUAACUUGCGUCUAUUAGGCAAUACCCUGUUAGAACACCUAUAUAUUGAGAUUUCUCUAGCUUAAGGAAUCUUCGAUGUGCAUCUUCAAGCUUAUUGUAUUUCGUCGUGUUAUUAUAUUGACUGUAAUAACGUUUUAAAUUAGAUUUUCAUGGCAACUGUUGAAAUGUCGAUAGCGCGUUCAUCGUAAACCAACUGUUCAUGUAAAAACUAAUAAAGGUACUUCCG